AUGGAAGCUCCAUCAGAGGCACAAUUACCAAGAAGAACUGGAGGCUGGAUCACCUUCCCCUUUAUCAUAGCAAGCUCAGUAGGGUUGGCCCUAGCAUUUGUGGGUUGGACAAGCAAUCUUAUUGUGUAUCUGAUUAAGGAAUUUGAUGUUGAGAGUAUUGAUGCUGCUCAAAUAUCAAAUUUGGUUAAUGGUGCCGGAAGCUUAAUUCCUGUUGUUGCUGCAAUUAUUGCUGACUCUUUUCUUGGUUGCUUCUCUACCAUUUGGAUUUCAUCCCUCAUCUCAUUAUUGGGCACAAUCCUUUUAGCUGUAACAGCUACAGUUGAUUCUUUGAGGCCUAAACCGUGUGAAGUUGAGUCAACCUCAUGUACCCCUAAACCAAAAGUUCAAUCUGUAGUACUCUAUGCAGCCAUUGUUCUAGCAACAUUGGGUAGUGGUGGUACCCGAUCAACCCUUGCGACGAUCGGAGCUGGUCAGCUAGCUGAUAAACCAAAGGAUCAAGGGAUUUUCUUCAAUUGGUUCUUCUUCUUUUGGUAUUCUGCUUCUGUAGUAUCGUCCACAGCUAUUGUCUAUAUUGAAGAUAACGUGAGUUGGAAAGCUGGAUUUUUUAUUUGUGUUGCGUCCAAUGUUGUUGCUUUACUCAUUUUUCUAAUGGGAAGCAAAUUUUACGCUAAGUUUAAGCCAGAAGGGAGUCCAUUUACCAGUUUGGCUCGUGUUAUUGUUGCUAGUAUUACUAAAAGACAAGUUGCACUUCCAUCGACUGCUGAGGAUUUCUUCCAGGGAUGUAAUGUAGUACCUAAAGCAUUAGCUGUUGUACCUUCCAAGACCUUCAGGUUUUUGAACCGUGCUGCCAUUAUAAGUGAAGGUGACCUAAAACCAGAUGGUUCAACAACUAAUCGAUGGAGACUUAGUUCAGUACAACAAGUAGAAGAUUUCAAAACCUUAAUUAAAAUCUUACCACUUUGGUCCAGUAGUUUUUUUCUUGGCACCACAAUUGGCGUACAAACAAGUUUGUCAAUCCUUCAAGCCUUAGCAAUGAAUCGCCACAUAGAACCCAAUUUCCAAAUCCCAGAUGGAUCCGUACUCCUUUUUGUCCUGCUAUCUACUGCUCUAUUCCUCGCCCCGUUCGAUAAAUUUCUCUUACCUACGUGGAAGAAUUUGACUGGAAAAUCACUUACACAUCUCCAGAGAAUUGGGAUUGGACACGUGCUCAAUUUUUUGAGCAUGGGUGUAUCAGCCUUAGUCGAGUCAAAGAGACUAAAUGUAGCAAAAUCAAAUGAAGGUUCCAAUAUUGUGCCCAUGUCAGUGUUAUGGCUUGUGCCGCAAUUAGUCAUCGUUGGUAUUGCGGAGGCAUUUCAUUUUCCAGGACAAGUAUCAUUGUAA